UCCAAGCCGGCCGAGGUGCACGGGAAGUACGUAAAGAAGGAGACGUCGCCUCUGCUGCGGAAUCUCAUGCCUUCAUUUAUCCGGCAUGGUCCAACAAUUCCAAGGCGAACUGAUAUCUGUCUUCCAGAUUCAAGCUCUGCUGCUUUUUCAGCUUCUGGAGAUGGAGUAGUUUCAAGAAACCAGAGUUUCCUCAGAACUCCAAUUCAAAGAACAUCUCAUGAAAUAAUGAGAAGAGAAAGCAACAGAUUAUCCGCACCUUCUUACCUUGCCAGGAGUCUAGCAGAUGUCCCUCGGGAGUAUGGCUCCUCUCAGUCCUUUCUGACACAAGUUAGUUUUGCUGUUGAAAAUGGAGACUCUGGUUCCCGAUAUUAUUAUUCAGAUAAUUUUUUUGAUGGACAGAGAAGGCGGGCACUUGGAGAUCGUGUGCAGGAAGACUACAGAUAUCAUGAAUAUAACCAUGAUGUCUUCCAAAGAAUGCCCCAGAAUCAGGGGAGGCAUGCUUCAGGUAUUGGGAGAGUUGCUGCUACAUCCUUAGGAAACUUAACUACCCACGGGCCUGAAGACUUGCCGCUUCCUCCCGGCUGGUCUGCUGACUGGACCAUGAGAGGCCGGAAGUAUUACAUAGACCACAACACGAACACGACGCACUGGAGCCACCCUCUCGAGAGAGAAGGACUAUCCCCUGGAUGGGAGCGUGUGGAAUCUGCCGAGUUUGGAACCUAUUACGUAGAUCACACAAAUAAAAAGGCUCAGUACAGGCAUCCCUGUGCUCCAAGUGUCCCUCGGUAUGACCAACCUCCUCCUGUCACAUACCAGCCACAGCAGACGGAAAGAAAUCAGUCCCUUCUGGUACCUGCAAACCCUUACCAUACCGCGGAAAUUCCCGACUGGCUUCAAGUAUAUGCUCGAGCCCCUGUGAAAUACGACCACAUUCUGAAGUGGGAACUCUUUCAGCUGGCUGACCUGGAUACAUACCAGGGAAUGCUCAAGUUACUCUUCAUGAAAGAACUGGAACAGAUUGUUAAAAUGUAGGAAGCCUACAGACAGGCUCUUCUCACUGAGUUGGAAAAUCGCAAGCAGAGACAGCAGUGGUAUGCCCAGCAACAUGGCAAGAAUUUUUAAGUUAACUUUUCAAAAGGAAUUUUAAAUUUUAGAAGAGCAUUACAAUAUUUUCACAGGCUUAAAAAAUGCAGACAAGUACCUUGGUUAACAAAGGCAGCUUACUUUUUGGAAAUUAUAAAAUUUUAAUUUCACAUGUAUUUUGUUAUUAGGAGUUUUCUUUUAUUACAAAUUAAAAGUGAAUUUAUUAGAGCCAACAUGGAAUAUGCAUCCACAUGCUGUGUGUUAGAAAUCUGCUUUGAAUAUUUUUGAUGGAGAAAAACGCAGCAGGAAAAUGUCAUAACCAUAUAUUAAACAGGAAAUGAUCAGUUGAUAACUUCUUAUGGCAAUACCUUUCUUUGCUUUCCUUUUUUUCUUUUUCUUUUUUUUUUUUGGUACCAGGGGACCUUAUGCUUGUAGGCACUUAGGCCACUGAGCUAUUUCCUCAGGUCAUCAAUACCUUUCUUUAAAUUAUGCCAUUUCUUUUUUUAAAAAAAAUGUUUCCUGCUUAAUGUGGAAUGUUAUUUGGAAUGGGAUAGGUUGCAUAUUACCAUGGCGUAGUUCAAAAUACAGAAUACGAUUUGGAAGCUUUAUUGUGAUAAAUUUCUCUAUGUGGUGUAUGUUGUGGCCCCUGUUCCUUCCAGUGUGAGGGACCCUUCUGAAGCCUGUAGAGGCUCUUCUGAGGAGUGAAUUCCAGCCUCAAGGCCUAGCUGGGUGGGGAAGGUGUGUGCAGGCCCAGCCAGAGCUCUGCUGCUGUCCCUGGGCUCCGAUGAGACCUCUGUGCAGGGCUCUCGCAGUGCCACCCGCCUUCCCCCCGACUAGACCAGACGUGACAAUCAGGGAUUCCAUGAGCACUCUUGGCCAUAAGAUCAGUUUUGUAUUACUUUUUAUCUUCUAAGUGUUUUGCCAUACAAUUUUACAACCAUAUCUUUCCUAGCUUUUCCCCUUUUGGUUUAUAUUAAAAUGUUGUUCAUAAUUACGCACUAUGUUUGAUUACAGACAAGUAUAUAUACUUCUAGCCUGUAAAUCUCUAAAAUUCUGUGAAUUCAUAACUUUUCAGUUACAUUUACCUGAGCUGUAAAUAUAUGUAAGUAUGUUUCUGGUUUUGGUAGUCUUCCAAAAUAUAAAGCACUCCCAGUUAAUACAUAAGUGGGUUUGAAUUAUUGAUAAAAUGUUAAGUGUUUGAUUUUAUAUAACAACUUUAUUAAAUAUAUUUUUGUGGAAACUAUAUGUGUGG